UCAUGUAUCAAUAGGAGAAAAAGGAAGGAAGAAUUGAAAUAAUUCGUGAAUCGUGGUACAAACAGCUGACUACUUAAAUGCAAAUGAAGACAGAAAGACGGUCGUGUAUGAAUGGCGGCAUUCGAGGAAAAUCUUGGUUAAAUUUCACAAUAAGCUCUUUCACGGCUCUUAAACGUGAAAGCGCUUGUAAGCGACUUUAGGGAGCCUUACUAGGCGCCCUUGGAAAGCAGCCUGAGCGUCUGUAAAGGCGAGAAUGAACGAAAGGAGGGAAUGGAAUAGGCUCGAUAAGUGGACACCCUGUGGAGAAUGAUGGAAUGCAGACCGCUUGCAUGAAUUAAACACGUUCAACGUUUAUGAAUGAAGCCAGAUCAGAAUCGAAAUUCCUCAAAGUCGAUGUUUCGAGGGUGGAUGAACUAGUCCUAAUCUUCUGGUAAAGGAAAUCGAAACCGGAUGUUCAUCCUUGGGUGUUCUUGGGUGAGAUUAGAAAGGGUUGUGGGAAAAGAGGACGUGCUAUAAUGGCAGAAGUAACUUACACGUAUAUUCGAAAUCCUUACCCGCUACCGGAAGUUACUCGAGAAGGAGAUUGGAAACGACGACCCGUGCUAGGUAAUAAAGUUUCACCGAAGGAUAGAAACUGGAGUACCAAGUUAAAACCCCAUGAACGUCUCUUUGCACAUCAUACGCUAAAUAGUAUACGGAAAGAUAAUAGACUUAUGAGAUCACAGGUACCAAAUGACUCACUGGAUUUGGCACUUACAACGGUGUACAUUCAUAAUGAAGAUACAUUGGUACCUAAAAUGUACGUCCCCAUGCAAGCAGAAUCAUUAGGAAAGAGGACCUGGCGUGUUUUGAAAAAUAAAAUUGAGAUAAAGUCUCCGAUAAUUUUCGAAGAAGAGGAUCCGAUAUCUCUGUUCCUGAAGAAAGCAGAAUGUUAUCAUGGCCGGUUGCCAGAGAGAAGAGUUCACCCGAGCAGCGUGAAAUUAAAUAUCACCGGUCCUCACGCAGUUCAAUCUAAUCCCGGAUACAGUCGCAAAAUUGACGGAACUUUUUACGGUAUUUAAAGAGUAUUUAAACACGGAUUUAUACGGUGUUUGAGAUGAAAACCGUACCAACGAAUCUCUGCUAACAAUCGUAUUUGAGGAAAAUUAAAUCGACGAUUUUAUGAUUAUCAUCGCCGUUGUCAAUCGCUUUUGUAUGUUUAUGAAUACGCUCUUCAAUUUCGUCGAUAAAUCUAUACGUUUAAUAAAUGUAACGUUUAGCUAGACACAUUCUACAUUCCAAUUGAAUUUUAUCAAACCGCAUUUAUGUUUCAAUCGCUUCACGUGUGUGCUAUUAGGAAACAAUGAAAAUCAUAAAACAUAAUGGAGAAUAUUAUCGCGUAUAAUCCAAUGUAAUUGAGUUUCGGGUACACGAAUAAAAUGUGCUGGACAAACUUUCGGGAUCCCGUCUAAACCUGAUAAAAAUCCCUCUUAACAAAUUAAUUGUAUAAUUAAAUAAAUAGUAACUGUAUUUCGUUUUAAGGAAUUAAGGAGAUAAACGUAAUCAUUAUUGGCGACGAUUAAAA